UCAGAAAACAGGCGUGUGUUCUUUAUAUCCUCACCAACGAAGAGAGAGGGAAAAAAGCGAGGGGACGACAGAGACGGGGGUGUAUUAUUCUUUUUCGCGUCAGCAGCAGGACGACUCCGAGUGUUCAUGCGUGCCUGAAAGGAUCCUAUGUGUUUUUUGGGAGCAUUAACCCUUCAAGCCGGGCGACACUGAAGUACUCACACACACAAGGUUCUCCAAUGCCCUCCCCCUCCUGUCCAUCAUCUGUCAUUGACCACUCACAUCCUCAAUCAGCCAGUCCGCAUGGCCAACUGUCAUUAGUCGACGUGGCUGAGCCAGACGAAGAGGAGGAGGAAGAAGAAGAGGAGUAUGCAGCCAGAUUGUAUUUACCUGUAACACAUGAGCAACCAUCCAAUCACCACGGCUCCACCCUGCCUCCGGUACCUCCCCCUCACCGCCAGCAGCCCUUAGUGACAGCUCUCAACCAGUCCCUGGGAUCCACGCACCACGCUGGCCAUUCGCUGAAUUCGGCUCGGCAUCUAACCCCUCCUACUGGAAACCCGGCCCUUGUGGCCGGCCAAUCACCAGCCGAGCUGCAGACCACGCCCCCCGAGAGCGUCCCGCUGCAAGACAGCUGGGUGCUGGGCAGCAAUGUGCCACUGGAAACAAGGCACUUCCUCUUUAAGACAGGCACAGGCACCACCCCCCUCUUCUCCACGGCAACUCCUGGCUACACUAUGGCAACCGGCUCAGUGUACUCCCCGCCCACCAGGCCGCUGCCGAGGAACACCCUGUCCCGCUCUGCCUUCAAGUUCAAGAAAUCCUCCAAGUACUGCUCAUGGAGGUGUACAGCCCUCAGUGCCGUAGGACUAUCUGUACUGCUCUCUGUCCUGCUCUGUUAUUGCAUAGCCAUGCACCUGUUUGGUCUAAACUGGCAGCUUCAGGAGAGUGAAGGAUAUGGGGCGUUUGAAAACGGAGGAGGGGGAAGAGAUACAACUCCCAACACCUUUAUGGUGUCCACAGACAAUGGUAAAAUGUUUCUUCGAGAGAACAAUACCAUAGACAUAGGGGAGGUGGAUGUGGGACGACGAGCCAUACAAGAUGUCCCACCAGGUGUGUUUUGGAGGUCUCAGUUAUACAUUGACCAACCGCAGUUUUUGAAAUUCAACAUCUCCGUCCAGAAAGACGCUCUUGUUGGAGUGUAUGGACGCAAAGGCCUGCCACCGUCACACACACAGUACGACUUUGUGGAGCUACUGGACGGGAGUCGCCUCAUUAGAGACAAACGAGCGCUCAGUGACGCGGACGCAGGACAUGCACGCAUAGCCGGUGCACAUGAGGAAGAGUCUGGAGGAGGAGUCCGACGCAAGCGCUCAGUGAACGUGCACGAGGCUGGAUUCAUCCAGUACCUGGACACAGGCAUCUGGCAUCUGGCUUUUUACAACGACGGACACAACACAGAACAAGUCUCUUACAAUACCAUCGUCAUAGAGUCGAUUAUGGAGUGUCCUCAGAAUUGUCAUGGAAACGGAGAUUGUCUCUCAGGAAUAUGCCACUGUUUCCCAGGGUUUCUGGGGCCUGACUGCUCUCGAGCUGCCUGCCCAGUGCUGUGCAGUGGCAAUGGCCAGUACUCCCGUGGCCGGUGCCAGUGCUACAGCGGGUGGAAAGGCACUGAGUGCGAUGUGCCAGCCAACCAGUGCAUCGACAUCCACUGUGGAGGACACGGCAUCUGCAUCGUGGGCGCCUGCAUCUGCAACACUGGUUAUAAGGGCGACAAUUGUGAAGAAGUGGACUGCAUAGACCCCAGUUGUUUGGCCCAUGGGGUGUGUAUUCAUGGUGAGUGUCACUGUCAGCUUGGCUGGGGCGGAGCCAGCUGUGAGAUUGCAAAGGCCAUGUGUCCUGACCAGUGUUCGGGUCACGGCACCCACAACGCAGAGACCAGCACCUGUACCUGCGACCAGAACUGGACUGGGCCCGACUGCUCCUUAGAGGUGUGUGUGGUGGAAUGUGGCAGCCACGGCGUCUGCUACGGCGGCGCGUGUCGAUGCGAGGAGGGCUGGACAGGACCGGUGUGUGGCCAGAAGGCCUGCCACCCUCUGUGCAGCAAGAACGGAGUGUGUAAGGAGGGGAAGUGUGAGUGUGACCAGGGAUGGACAGGGGAGCACUGCAAUAUUGAGGGUUGUCCAGGUCUCUGCAACAACAACGGACGGUGCACUCUGGAGGCCAGCGGCUGGCACUGCAUCUGCCAAUCAGGAUGGAGAGGGGCGGGAUGUCACGUGGCCAUGGAAACCCUCUGUACCGACGGCAAGGACAACGAAGGAGAUGGCCUGGCUGACUGUAUGGAUCCAGACUGCUGUUUGCAGCCCUCCUGUCAGAACCAGUUAUACUGCAAAGGGUCACCUGACCCGGGAGAGGUGCUCAGCCAGUCUCCAUCCUCAUUGGUUCCUCAGCAAGCAGCCAGGUCUUUCUACCAGCGAAUCUAUUUCUUAGUUGGUCCUGAAUCCACUCACGUCAUCGCUGGAGACAGUCCGUUCAAUAAAAGCUUGGUGUCGAUAAUUCGAGGUCAGGUGUUGACAGCUGACGGAACUCCUCUGAUUGGAGUCAACGUGACGUUUGUCCACUAUGCUGAGCAUGGAUACACUGUAACGCGCAAGGAUGGCAUGUUCGAUCUACUAGCCAAUGGUGGGGCAUCCCUAACAUUGAGUUUUGAGCGUGCUCCCUUCCUCACUCAGUACAGAACUGUGUGGGUGCCAUGGAAUGUCUUCUAUGUAAUGGACACACUGGUCAUGAAGAAGGAGGAGAAUGACAUUCCCAGCUGUGACCUUAGUGGCUUCAUCAGACCCAGUCCUGUCAUCGUUGCGUCUCCUCUUUCUACGUUUUACAGAAGUUCAAUUGAGUAUGGCCCCAUCAUACCUGAAACACAGGUUUUACAGGAAGAAACCUCAAUCCCAGGCAGCAAUCUCAACCUGAUCUACCUGAGCUCCAGAGCAGCGGGGUAUAGACCCAUCCUUAAAGUCACCAUGACCCAAUCAUCAAUACCUUUCAACCUGAUGAAGGUUCACCUGAUGGUGGCAGUGGUGGGACGCCUUUUCCAGAAAUGGUUCCCCGCCCAACCAAAUCUCUUCUACACCUUCAUCUGGGACAAGACCGAUGCCUAUGGCCAACGUGUCUAUGGACUAUCCGAGGCAGUUGUGUCGGUGGGGUUUGAAUACGAGUCCUGCCUGGACCUCAUCCUCUGGGAGAAGAGAACGGCCAUUUUGCAAGGCUACGAGCUGGAUGCUUCCAACAUGGGAGGUUGGACGCUGGAUAAACAUCACAUCCUGGAUGUACAAAAUGGUAUACUGUACAAGGGCAAUGGUGAGAACAUAUUCAUAUCCCAGCAGCCCCCGGUCAUCAGCAGCAUCAUGGGAAAUGGACGUCGGCGCAGCAUCUCCUGCCCCAGCUGUAACGGGCAGGCAGAGGGCAACAAGCUGCUGGCGCCUCUGGCUCUGGCCUGCGGAGCAGAUGGCAGCAUCUUCGUUGGAGACUUCAACUACAUCAGGAGGAUCUUCCCCUCCGGGAAUGUUACCAGUGUCAUGGAGCUGAGCAACAACCCUGCUCACCGCUACUAUUUAGCCACCGACCCAGUAACAGGGCAGCUGUACGUGUCGGACACCAACUCUCGACGAAUCUACCGACCCAAGAUGCUCAGCGGUGCCCGUGACCUCAUCAGUAAUGGAGAAGUAGUGGCUGGUACAGGUGAACAAUGCCCUCCAUUCGAUGAAGCACGUUGUGGAGAUGGAAGAAAAGCUACAGAAGCACAGCUACUGGGACCAAAAGGCAUCGCAGUUGAUAGAAACGGUUUGAUCUACUUUGUGGACGGGACUAUGAUCAGGAAAGUGGAUCGUAAUGGAAUCAUCUCCACAGUGCUGGGCAGCAACGACCUGACGUCUGCACGACCUUUGACCUGCGACACCAGCAUGCACAUAAGACAGGUUCGGUUAGAAUGGCCCACAGAUCUAGCCAUCAAUCCCAUGGAUAACUCCAUCUACAUCCUGGACAACAACGUUGUGUUGCAGAUCACUGAAAAUAGACAGGUUAGUAUCGUGGCAGGUCGUCCCAUGCACUGCCAAGUACCUGGUAUAGAAUAUACUAUGGGAAAGAGAGCGGUCCAGACCAUGCUUGAGGGAGCUACAGCCAUCGCCUUGUCCUACAGCGGUGUUCUCUACAUCGCAGAGACGGACGAGAAGAAAAUUCACCGCAUCCGACAGGUGUCGACUGAUGGAGAAAUGACCCAUCUAGCUGGAGAGCUAUCUGACUGUGACUGCAAGAACGAUGCCAACUGUGACUGCUAUCAAACAGGAGAUGGCUAUGCUAAAGACGCAAGGCUUAAUUCUCCUUCAUCUUUGGUGGUGUCUCCGGAUGGGACGCUGUACAUGGCUGAUCUGGGUAACAUCAGGAUUCGAGCUAUACGAUGCAACCAGCCACCUACUGGCUCUCUGGCUUCAGGUCCCAGCUCCUAUGAAGUGGCCUCUCCAGCCUCCCAAGAGCUCUACGUGUUUGAUGGGAAUGGGACUCACCAGUUCACCAUGUCUCUGGUCACUGGAGACUAUAAAUACAACUUCAGCUACAGCAAUGAGGAGGAUGUAACUGCGGUGACAGACAGCAGCGGGAAUACCCUCCGUAUCCGUAGAGAUACCAACAGGCUGCCUGUACGUGUGGUCGCUCCUGACAACCAGGUCAUCUGGCUGACCAUCGGGACUAACGGCGGUCUGAAGACUCUGACGGCUCAGGGUCAAGAACUAGUCUUUUUUAGUUACCAUGGCAACAGUGGUUUGCUUGCCACCAAAAGCCUCCAAAUAGGCUGGACUACCUUCUAUGACUAUGACAGCGAGGGUCGUCUGACUAAUGUGACCUUCCCCACCGGCGUGGUGACCAAUCUCCACGGCGACAUGUCGUCAGGGGUGGUUGCUGUGGACAUCGAGAUGUCAGGGAGCGAUGAGGAUGUUUCCAUCACAACCAACCUGUCAUCAAUAGACUCUUUCUACACGCUGGUGCAAGACCAGCUUCGUAACAGCUACCAGGUGGGUAAUGACCAUUCGCUGCGGGUCAUCUAUGCCAAUGGGAUGGACACACACUACCAGACGGAGCCACAUAUACUGGCAGGUGCUGCUAACCCAACUGUAGCCCGACGCAACAUGACACUGCCGGGAGAGAAUGGCCAGAACCUGGUGGAGUGGAGGUUCAGGAAGGAACAGACACGCGGAAAAGUAAUCGUCUUUGGGAGGAAGCUCAGGGUGAACGGUAGGAACCUGCUGUCUGUGGACUACGAUCGUUCACUGCGAACAGAGAAAAUUUAUGAUGACCACAGGAAGUUCUUGCUGAAGAUCAUCUAUGACACCCAAGGCCAUCCGACACUUUGGGUUCCCAGCAGCAAGCUACUGUCAGUUAACCUGACCUACUCCAGUACGGGGCAGGUGACAGGUCUCCAAAGGGGUCCAACCACAGAGAGGUGGGAGUACGACAGUCAGGGAAGAAUCACUUCCCGAGUCUUUGCUGACGGAAAGACGUGGAGCUACACAUACUUGGACAAGUCCAUGGUCUUGCUGCUGCACAGCCAGCACCAGUACAUCUUUGACUAUGACUCAGGGGACCGACUGUCAGCGGUUACCAUGCCCAGCGUGGCUCGACACACCAUGCAGACUAUCAGAUCCAUCGGAUACUACAGGAACAUCUACAACCCCCCAGAGAGCAACGCCUCCGUCACUGUGGACUACUCUGAAGAUGGACAGCUCCUCAAGGUUGCCCAUCUGGGCACUGGCCGCUGCAUACUCUACAAAUAUAGGAGACAGAACAAGCUGGCAGAGAUCCUCUAUGACUCAACGCGGGUCAGUUUCACAUACGAUGAGACCGCUGGUGUGCUUAAGACCGUCAACCUGCAGAGCGAAGGCUUCAUCUGCUCCAUCCGGUAUCGCCAGAUUGGCCCUCUUGUUGACCGGCAAAUAUUCCGCUUCAGCGAGGACGGGAUGGUGAACGCACGCUUUGACUACACCUACGACAACAGCUUCAGAGUCACCAGCAUGCAGGCUGUAAUCAAUGAGACACCACUGCCAAUCGAUCUCUAUCAGUUUGAUGAUAUUUCUGGGAAGGUGGAGCAGUUCGGGAAGUUUGGAGUCAUCUAUUAUGAUAUCAAUCAGAUCAUCUCCACUGCAGUGAUGACCUACACCAAACACUUCGACCAGCACGGCCGCAUCAAAGAGAUCCAGUAUGAGAUCUUCAGGUCUCUGAUGUACUGGAUCACCAUUCAGUACGACAACAUGGGCCGAGUCACCAAGCGGGAGAUCAAGAUUGGACCGUUUGCCAACACAACCAAAUAUGGUUACGACUAUGACGUUGACGGACAGCUACAGACGGUCUCCCUCAAUGAGAAGAUGAUGUGGAGGUAUAAUUAUGACCUUAAUGGAAAUCUGCAUUUGCUGAACCCGGGCAACAGCGGUCGCUUGACCCCUCUACGCUUUGACCUGAGAGACAGAAUAACUCGUCUGGGAGAUGUUCAGUACAGACUGGAUGAAGACGGUUUCCUCAAACAGAGAGGAGCCGAGAUAUUUGAAUACAACUCCAAAGGUCUUCUAAUUCGUGUCUACAGUAAAGCGUCCAGCUGGACCAUCCAGUACCGUUACGACGGUUUGGGCCGGCGGGUGGCUUCUAGAAACAGUCUGGGUCAACACCUGCAGUUCUUCUACGCUGACCUGAAGUACCCCACCAGGAUCACCCACGUCUAUAACCACUCCAGCUCCGAGAUCACCUCCUUUUACUACGAUCUGCAGGGCCAUGUGUUUGCGAUGGAGAUCAGCAGUGGAGACGAGUUUUAUAUUGCAUGUGAUAAUACCGGGACCCCUCUGGCUGUCUUCAGCAACAACGGACUGUUGCUUAAACAGGUGCAGUACACGGCAUACGGGGAGGUUUACUUUGAUUCCAACCCCGACUUUGUGCUGGUGAUUGGUUUCCAUGGAGGCCUGUAUGAUCCUCUGACACGACUGCUGCACUUUGGAGACCGAGACUACGACAUCCCAGCUGGAAGGUGGACCACUCCUGACAUCAGCACAUGGACGCGUGUUGGUAAAGACCCAAAGCCCUUCAACCUCUACAUGUUCCGAGGCAACAACCCCAUCAGCAAGAUUCAGCAGGUCAAAGAAUAUGUCACAGAUAUCAAUAUCUGGUUGGUCACUUUUGGCUUCCAUCUCCACAACGCCAUCCCAGGGUUCCCCAUUCCUAAGUUUGACCUGACGCAACCGUCACUGGAGAUGAAGAAGAGCCAGCUGUGGGACGACCUGCCUUCUAUCACAGGUGUCCAGCAGGAGGUCACUCGCCAGUCUCGGGCCUUCCUGUCCUUUGAGCGCAUGCCAGAGAUCCAGCUCAGCCGGCGGCAUCCCGACCACGCCCGACCCUGGCUGUGGUUCGCCACUGUCAAGUCUCUGAUUGGCAAGGGAGUGAUGUUCGCCGUGAUCCAAGGCCGCGUGGUGACCAACACCCUCAACAUUGCCAAUGAGGACUGCAUCAAAGUGGCUACGGUCCUAAACAAUGCAUUUUACCUGGAAGACCUCCAUUACACAGUGGAGGGACGAGACACGCACUCCUUCAUCAAGACCAGCCUGCCGGAGAAAGACCUCAGCGCGCUGCGGCUCACCUCGGGCAGGAAGUCUCUGGAAAACGGUGUGAACGUCACCGUGUCCCAGUCGACGACGGUGAUGAACGGGAGGACGCGGCGCUUCGCUGACGUGGAGCUGCAGUAUGGCGCCCUGGCCCUCCACGUGCGGUACGGGACGACACUGGACGAAGAGAAGACGCGAAUCCUGGAGCACGCCAGGCAGAGGGCGCUGGCGAGCGCCUGGGCCCGCGAGCAGCAGCGGGUGAGAGACGGGGAGGAAGGAGUUCGGCUGUGGACGGAGGGAGAGAAACGGCAGCUGCUGAGCAGCGGGAAGGUUUUGGGUUACGACGGCUACUACGUGUUGUCCAUCGAGCAGUAUCCAGAGCUCGCCGACAGCGCCAACAACAUGCAGUUCCUGCGGCAGAGUGAGAUCGGCAGGAGGUAACACGGCACCAACCUACGGCUCGUUUCUACUGCGACUGUCAAAGACUAACAACAAGUUCAGUUUUAACACAAAGUGGAUGUCACAGGCUGGACUGUCCUGCAACUCAAAAAUAGCCACUGAAGAGACCCUAUGUUUGCAAAUUAGUUUUAUUCUGAGAAGUAGGAUAUAUAGCGAACGAUCACUUCAACGCAAAUGACCCCAAACACAAACUGCAGUUGUGAUGGUUAAAAACAAUCUUCAUGCGCCUGCAACAAGGUUUAGUCUUUGGACCAACGCCUUUUCUCUCACUCUUUUCUAUCUAUACUUUCUUUCUUUCACCCUGUUGUCUGCCUUUUAACAGCAUGCACGCAUGCCCCUCCCCCUCUCUCUGGUAGGCGGGGCUAACCUGAGUGCUAUAAUCGUGUGCUAUCUGGCUGUGAAACAGUGGGAUGGAGAGACUGGUUCAAACAGCCGAGCAUUUAGACAGUUGUAAACUGUCCGAGCGGUCGCCAUAACAACCGUCUGUGGAUCCCUCACAGAUGUUGCAGGUAUCAUAUCUGUGCGGGUCACUCUGGGUUACACGAGCAGUCGGAUCUAUUGUCUCCAUGGCUGAAGAGGAACUGGAACUGGUGUGGACUCUAAGAGAGACGGGCACAAAAAGGACUAUUUGUACGAGGGGAAACAAAAAAAGACUUUAUUUUCUGUUUGGAUUUUUUUUAAUUUUUUAAAUAUAUAUAUAUGUAAACUUGCAUUUGCUUCAGACAAAAAGGGGAUACAAAAAUGAACAAAAAUACAUUUACAUACUAUUACCUAUACCACUAUUACUACAAUUAUUACACCACCACCACCGGAAUGAACCAUGAUCUGAACUAAACAAAACGUUGCGUUGUGUUUCCGUUUCCUUCUUAUCUACUAUCUGUUUGGUCAGUUUUAAAACCUCCUUCUCAUCCCCGUCCUUCUACAAGUCGAUAACAUUGUAUCGUGUCAGACUCCAAUCAACAGGUUUGUGAGAGACGGUGCUGCGGCUGUAUCGGGUUCUCUUCGGACCAAGUGGGCUCACCGGUCCGGUGAAGCACUGGUCCCCUGUCCACCCAGGAGCCCUUCACUUCUGCUAAAUGUGACUCAUGUGCUUUUAUCGGUCAACGGUAGUAGUAUUGCUUGCAAUAGAAACAUAUUGUCAUGGCUUUGGGGGGCUGGGUUGCUGUGAGUAGUAACUAAUCGCUGCUUCUUUCCUCGUUUUUUGCUCGUUUCUCCUUAAAGGGACAGUGCAUUGCCAUCAGUGACUUUAAUGAGUAACAGUAACAGAUCAAAAUCGAUGUGGAUGUUUUCUCAUUGAUUGUGGGUCUCUGUACUCUCAUAGAGGAGUUUUCUUUGUGUAUAUGUGUGUUUACAAGGUUGGGAAGGCAUCUUAAAUCAUUUUAAGGAAAGAACAGGAACUUUACACAGUGUUAACGUCAUAUGCCACCAAUCUUUUUUCAGAGACGAGUUGACAAUGUUUUAUGGUUUGAUCUUUUUUUUAUUUUGAAGGUUGAGAAAUUCCACUUAUCCGUACAUCAAUAUUAGUCUCAGAGAAAGUAAUUUAUGUACAGUGUUUCUACGGUAAAGAAUAAAACUCCUUGAAACUA